UGACGUUUGAUAUUCCCUAGCUUCCCGCUUCAGUUCCGUUUUGGUUUUUGUUUGCAUGUGGUGACUUUGUGUUUUGAAAAUAUACAUUUGACUAGUCCGUACGAUGCGCAGCCUGUUUUCGAAUCGGUACAACAAUAAGCGCCGCGACUUUUACGAACGUUACGAAGCGGCCAGAGCGCUCCAUCCCAGCCUGCCCCCGUACGAGAGGCCGGUGGAGCCCGCCGAGCUGCAGGUCUUCAAUCCGAACAGCUCUCGACGACGCUAUCUGUCCUACCGACAGGUGGCCAGGCUGACGCGGGAGCAGCUGGACAACGACACCUGGCUGUCCAGCAGCCGCCUGCCCAUCGUGGUGCGCCGCGCCAUCGAGGGCAGGCACCACAAGCUCCUGAUGCCCCGCUACAAUCCGGACAAGGCCACCCACGAGUUUAGCCACAACGGCAGAGCGCGACGUGGUCGACCUCCAACGGCCGCCACCGUGGCCAGACUCGCGUCGGACUUUGCCGUCCAAGUCGGCGGUCUUCGCCCUGCGGCGCCCGCUGGCGAUGACAGUUCGUCUCCGUCGGAGGGGGAAGACGAGGAAGAGGAGACCGAAGUGGAGGAGUCCUCCAAGGAGUCGGAGGACGCGGAUAGUGAGGGGCUUAAGCCGAAAGCAAGGCCCCAGAAGAGUUCGACGAAGAAGUCCAAAAACCAGAGCCAGAGCACUGACCUGAACGCCAACCAGGACAUUAACCAGGGCGUUAGCCAGAGCACUAGCCAGAAUAUAACCCAGAUCGAUGGCCAGAACAUGAAGCAGGUCGAUAGCCAGAUCACAGACCAGCACCCUAGCCACAACGUCGGCCAGAACCUUGACCAAAAUUGUAAACCAAGUUCGCCUCACGUCCAACUGCGCAGCCAGUCGCAGGCUGUUUGUCGCUAUUCCGACGAGGACGAGGACUACAACCCACUCGACAUGGGCCCGAUUGAGCCGUCGCUCCGCUCCUUUAUCUGCCAGAGCUGCAAGCAGAACUUUGCACUGCGCCGCUCUCUGUACAAGCACCAGCGCGAGGCCGGGCACCACACCUGGUCACACAGGUGCGCGCAGUGUGGCCAGGUCUUCCGCACAGCGGGCUUUAAACGCAUGCACUCCGCCAGAGCCUGCGAGCGCAAUCUGGCGAAGCUCAGAGCCUCGCAAGCGAGUGAAGUCAAGCAACUCGGGCGAAGAACAAUGCCAGAAUGAAUCUGCCCACCGCUCCCACUUUCACUGCCACCCCGUUACACCGCGAAAAAGCACUGUGAUAGAACACGAAGUGUAAUGCCUUGAAGAUAGUACCUACUUUUAAAAGAAGAUCGUGGCUUAAAAUAUGGAAAUAGAUUAAUGGAUGAAAACAA